AUGGCGACUGUCAUACCCCCUCCGUCCAAAAAACAAAAGAAGGAAGCACAAAAAGAACGCGAGGUUAAUAUAGUGCCAGAAGAUCUUCCCAAUGUGCUAAUAAAGUUUCAGGCUGCUGACACUGGAGAUUCAGUUGGCGGUUCUAUUCGUGUCCCAGGUGGCAUCACAGAAAAACAGUUGGAGGAGCUUUUGAACCAGCUCAAUGGAGAAAAAGAUGACCCUGUACCAUAUAGCUUCUCUCUUCUCAAUCAGAAGGAGGGCUCGGUUGAAUCCGAUUUGGUGGAUAUCAAAGAUAAUCUCUAUCUGUCUGUCUUGAAACCAGGAAUCAAAACGACGGAAGAUUUCAUGACCAUUGUCUACACGCCACGUGCUGUAUUCAAGGUUAAGGCUGUGACAAGAUCAAACACUGCUAUUGCAGGCCAUGGCUCCACUAUUUUAUGUUGCCUGUUUGCCCCAAAUGAUUCUGGGCGCAUGUGUUCCGGUGCUGGUGAUUCUACUGCUAGAAUCUGGGACUGUAACACACAAACACCAUUCAAAACCCUUUCUGGACAUACGAACUGGGUUUUAUGUGUGAGCUACUCUCCAUGCGGAACAAUGAUUGCUACUGGAUCUAUGGACAAUACUGUCAGGUUGUGGAAUGCACAAACUGGUGAAGCUUUGGGAAACCCAUUGGUGGGUCACUCCAAAUGGAUCUCAAGUUUGACUUGGGAACCUUUGCAUUUAGUGAAAGAGGGUGACACGCCGCGUCUCGGUUCGGGAUCCAAAGAUGGUACCGUGAAAAUUUGGGACACUUCGAGAAGAGUAUGUCUUCUCACCAUGAGUGGACACACGAAUGCAGUUUCAUGUGUGAAAUGGUCGGGCUCUAAUAUUUUGUACAGUGGAUCACACGAUAAAACCAUUCGUGCGUGGGACAUCAGUGCUGGAGGAAAAUGCGUUCAAAUUCUUAAAAGUCAUGCUCAUUGGGUCAACCACUUAUCGAUUUCUACGGAUCACGUUUUAAGGAAAGGUGGCUUUGACCACACCUCUUCGAGAACUUCAGUGAAGUCUAGCCCUGCUGAGUUACGCAAGAAGGCCUUAGAGCAAUAUGAGAAAGUGGCUAAGUUGGGUGGUAAGAUCAGUGAGAGGUUGGUCACAGCUAGUGACGACUUUACAAUGUACUUGUGGGAGCCCUUGAAAUCGUCCAAGCCUAUUUGCAGAAUGACAGGACAUCAAAAGCUUGUUAACCAUGUGUCUUUUUCACCAGACAGUAGAUACGUUGUCUCUGCUUCGUUCGACAACUCAAUCAAGUUGUGGGAUGGGUUGAAGGGUACCUUUAUUGGUACUUUCCGUGGCCAUGUCGCACCCGUUUAUCAAACGGCGUGGUCUUCAGACAGCAGGUUAUUGGUCAGUUGUUCCAAGGAUACUACAUUGAAGGUGUGGGAUGUACGGACGAGAAAGCUUAAUGUAGAUUUACCGGGCCAUUCGGAUGAGGUCUACGCGGUUGACUGGAGCAUGGAUGGCCGCAAAGUGGCAUCUGGUGGAAAGGACAAGAUGAUUCGCAUUUGGUCUAGUUAG